GUAAUGGUCCAGUUACUAACUAGCUAAUAUUUCAAAGCCCAUAAGAUAUUCUCACCCUCAUCGCUAUUUAUUCUCACCGCUACAAAAACCCUAUCACUUCACCAUCACCCUUUUCCGCCGUCCGCCGCUGCAAUGGCCACAGCCGCCGUACGCCCCCUAGUUUCCGUUCAGGCCCUUGAAAAUGACAUGGCCACGGAUGGACUAUCGGCCGCUUCACUACCUCUUCCCAGCGUGAUGAAGGCUCCUAUUCGUCCCGACGUUGUCACCUACGUGCACGCCAACAUUUCGAAAAAUGCCCGUCAGCCCUAUGCGGUGUCGAGGAAGGCCGGUCACCAAACAUCCGCCGAGUCCUGGGGUACCGGACGUGCUGUGUCACGUAUCCCCCGUGUUCCAGGCGGUGGUACUCAUCGUGCCGGACAGGGUGCGUUCGGUAACAUGUGUCGUGGUGGAAGGAUGUUCGCCCCCACUAAGAUCUGGCGCCGCUGGCAUCGUAAGAUUCCGGUGAAUCAGAAGCGCUACGCCGUGGCUUCUGCCAUCGCCGCCUCUGCUAUUCCAUCUUUGGUCCUUGCCCGGGGUCAUCGCAUUGAAACGGUGCCAGAGAUCCCUCUCGUGGUCUCUGAUUCUGCUGAGGGAAUCGAGAAGACAGCCAAUGCCAUCAAAGCGCUCAAGCAAAUCGGAGCCUAUCCUGAUGCAGAGAAGGCUAAGGAUAGUCAGGGAAUUCGCGCGGGUAAAGGUAAGAUGCGUAAUCGUCGCUACAUUUCACGAAAGGGACCUUUGAUUGUGUAUGCAAGUGAAGGUGCUAAGCUGGUGAAGGCUUUCCGGAACAUCCCUGGAAUUGAUAUAUGUCACGUUGACCGCUUGAACCUCCUAAAACUCGCUCCUGGUGGCCAUCUUGGACGCUUUGUCAUCUGGACUAAGUCUGCUUUUGAGAAACUGGACGAGAUAUAUGGAACAUUUGAUAAGCCUUCCGAGAAGAAGAGGGGUUAUGUCUUGCCCAGGCCAAAGAUGGUUAAUGCUGAUCUUGCCAGGAUCAUCAAUUCUGAUGAGGUGCAGUCUGUCGUCAGACCAAUCAAGAAGGAAGUAAAGAGAGCUACUCUCAAAAAGAAUCCAUUGAAGAAUCUGAAUGUGCUUCUCAGGCUUAACCCGUAUGCUAAGACUGCCAGAAGAAUGGCCCUUUUGGCUGAAUCUCAGCGUGUUAAGGAAAAAUCUGAGAAGCUUGCCAAGAAGAGAACACCUAUCACAAAGGAGGAGGCAUCUAAGAUAAGGGCUGCUGGGAAGGCAUGGUACAAGACGAUGAUCUCUGAUAGUGACUACACAGAGUUCGACAACUUCUCAAAGUGGUUGGGUGUUGCUCAGUAAUUUCAACCGUUUUUAAGAACUUAAAGUUUCUAUUGCUGCUUAGUGUUUCUUUUUUUCUUGCAAUUUUGUGAUCGAGAGACAUUGUGUGGAGUGGGAAGGACUUGCUUGGCAUUCUUUCCCCAAAUUCCACUUAAGUUAUCAAAACAAAACAGGUCUGGUGUUUGGAAUUUGAUAUCUUAUUGUGCUGGCAACAGAUGCUAUAUGUGACAAUUCGUUUUUUGUUUCUUCAAGUUUUCUUAGUAUUGAGACCCUUUAAAUAUGUCCUGUGCUUUAUCCAUAUUAUGGUUUCAAGGUAUGUCGUGGAAGUUUGGUAGUAUUUUCUUUUUGUACUUGUUAUGAUUUAAUGGUAUAAUCCAUUUUUACUGUCUACUAUGUGUAUGCAUGUGCUUUUGUCUAAGAAUGCAAGUGCAACUUUUAAAAUUU